AGCGCGAUGCUCCACCCACAACAAUGGCGUUAGGAGGUGGACUGUUCGAAGACGUCUGAAUUCAAAAUGUUGUCAUUUUUGAGUGAACGUUGACGUGAUAGCCCACCGAUUGAAGUGCUGCCUUGGACUACCAUAAAUUCGAGCUACGGCAGGCGAAGUUCGACAUUCGCAGUUUAGUCCUGCUACCCGAACCAAGUACAAUAUCCGUAACCCGCAGUUAGGAUGGAAGUCCUCCGCGCGAUUUCCGACCGAUUUUGGAGCAGGCACGUGUGGCUGCCUCCAAACUCGACGUGGGAAGAUGUUUCCAAAAAUGACGUGAUUCAGCACACCAUCUCAACCGACCUGAUUUACCCCAUCCCUAUGGCCCUGAUGGUUUUGGUCAUUCGUCUAGUGUGUGAGAGGGUGAUGUUUGCACCCCUCGGGGUUGCCCUUGGCCUCAAGAACGUUAAGUCAAAACGAGCCCCACCUAAUGCUGUUUUGGAGAAAGCCUAUGCGAAAAUAAAAGGCCCGCAUACACACAAACUGAUUCAGGGCUUGUCUAAACAACUGGACAUUUCCGAGAGGCAAAUCGAACGAUGGCUCAGGCUGAGGAGGAGCCAAGACAGGCCCACUACGCUGACCAAGUUUUGUGAGUCAAGUUGGCGCUGCUUCUACUAUGCCAUUUCUUUUACAUACGGCAUCUACGUGCUGCAUGACAAAGUGUGGUUCAAGGACAUCAACCACUGCUGGUACAACUAUCCUCAUCAACACCUGACAAAUGAUCUUUGGUGGUACUACAUGACCAAUAUGGCCUUCUACUGGUCCCUGACCUUCUCUCAGUUCUUUGACGUGAAACGCAAAGACUUUUGGCAAAUGUUCGUUCAUCACAUCGCCACCCUGUUGCUGAUGAGUUUCAGCUGGGUUUGCAACCUCUACAGAAUUGGAUCUCUGGUCAUCAUAGUACAUGAUAUUGCCGAUAUAUUCCUGGAUGGUGCAAAGGCAGCCAAAUAUGCUAACUACCAAAGGAUCUGUGACUGCAUUUUCGCGCUUUUCACCUGCGUAUGGAUCGUGUCCCGUUUAAUUGUGUACCCAUUCUGGAUCAUCAAGGCGACAUCCAUUGAAGCACCUACAGUCGUAGAGAUGUUCCCAGCGUACUACAUUUUCAACUCACUUCUGCUUUUGUUACUUGUCCUGCACAUUGGUUGGACAUACCUCAUCCUCAGGAUUGUACAGAAUUCAAUUAUGGCUGGAAAGAUGGACGGCGACGUGAGGAGCUCCUCAAGCGAUGAUGAAUUUCCAUCGCCAAUAACUGAUGAUGACUUAACUAAGUCCAAUAACCACAACAGCACCCCUACCAAAAAUGGAAAAUUGAAUUGAAACAUCUUGAAAAGCAUUUAAUGUUUCUUCUUCCAACUCUUAAUUUAUAUGACCAUUCAGAGUCAUUUAGCACUUGUCUUCUAAAUUGUUAUUUGUUGCUGCCAAAAUUAGUUAUUUGUCUAAUUUAUGUGCCUUGUGUAUUGAAGCCAUGUAACUAGAUUUCAUAGAUCAUUUAAGGAGCAAAUGUUUGAAUGGUAGAAUGCUGUAAUUUUGGGAACAUAUUUUCAUGUUCAGUGUUGAGUUUGCAUUUGAUAUCCUAAGACGUUUAAUUUUGCAAGUUGAAUUUGUGCAAUCAUCAGGCCAUGUAAAUUAUCCGUGUCUAUUUCACGCUGGAGAAAUAAUUCGUGCGAGUGAGCGUUUUAAGUAUGCAACUGGCGCGUAAACUGAGUAAAUGACUUAGGCAAUUUUUGCAUGCCAGAACAUUCAUCGUUGUUUGUGUAAGUUCCACAUUCCCAUCUUCUAAGUCCCUCACAGCAUUUAAUCUUUGCGAGUCAUCACUUUUGUGCUGUAUUUUCUAAGUACACUACUGAAUACAAAGUUGUUUUUUUAUUUACUUGCCAGCCAAAUCUUGUGCAUGUAAGUCUUAACUUUCACUGCUAUGUCAAAGAUGUAAAUUAAACAUCACAACACGUAA